AUGGGGUGCCAGCACUCGGCGAGCAAGCGCGACGAGGAGCUGGCCACCAUGAGCCAUGACACCUACGUCACCCACCACAGCCAGCAAAGUCGCAACAGCCGCAACAGCUACUGCAGUGUCACCUCCCUGACGGGGCCACCGAUGCUGUCGCCGAAGAGCGGCGGAGCGCAACAGCAGCUUCUGGCAACCCCGACACCGCAGAAGAGCCCGCGCACGAUGGCUCGCAUGGUCACCUUAUCCUCCGGCUGGUCGAGUCAGUCCCGGCCACAGCAGACGCCUUUGUCCUCUGCUAUCUCCGGGGCAACUAGCCUUCGGCAGGGUUGCCUGCGAUCGCACUUCCUCUCGGAAGACUACAACGACGGCAUCGACAUGAACACUGCGGACACUCAGUACAACCUCGAGGUUCAAGCCCAGAUUUCUUUGUACAAACAUCUGCGAACAGGAAUCCUCGUUUGGCGGCGAGCCUUGGAGAUAGCAUCCUCGCGGUACAGAGCCGACGAAGUGGUGCUGCUGUUUCACUACACGACGAAGGGCAAUUUCUAUGCCAUCUGCAACGCUGCUUUUGUCACGCCUGAGCUCUGGUCGGCGCUGAAGGCCCCAGACGGUGGUGUGCACGCAAUCGCGAAGGAGCCGGACCAGUUGGGAAAGAAGCAAAUGGUGCAGGCAGUGGCAUCGCUCAAUUCAGCUGCAACCGGAAGCUCGGCCGUGCGAAGCACCGCCAGCAGCGGGACCCCGGGAACUCGGGCACGGUAUUGCGUUCCCAUCCUGGUCCCGAAGGACCUGGUCUCAGAGAUCAGCCACACCGAUAGCAGUACGGCUAUAAGCCCUGCGGGCGCUGCCUUACCACAGCGGUGGUCGAUUGUCUGCCCAGACGAAGUUGCGUGCCUCCAGCUCGCCGCGGCCAAAAGCGAGCAGCGGCUGCGGCUCAUCCUCGAGGCACGGCAGAGCGCGCUUGGCAACGACCAUCCAGAGACCCUGGUGGCGAACAAUGACCUGGCAGCGCUGAUCGUGGCGCAGGGGCGAUUGCAAGAGGCAGAGCCCUUGUACCGAAACUGCCUGCAGGCGCUGGAGAAUCGGGUUGGUCAUAACCAUCCGGACGCCUUGCGCACAGCCUGCAACCUCGCUGCCAUCGAUGCAGCGCUGGGAGACUUUGCGGAAGCCGAGCGGCUCUACCGCAACGCAGCGACGGGCCUGGACAUCGAACUGGGCUCAUGGCAUCUGGAUACCUUGAGCUGUCUACACCGGCUGGCUCUUGUCCUCAAGCAGCGAGGGCAGGCCCAGGAGGCCUUGCAGACUCUCUCAGGUGUGCUUUCGUCGUGUGAAAGCUUGAGUUCCAAAGAUUGCUCCCUGGUUGAUUGUCUGUGA